CCGCGCGUAGUCUCUGUUUACAGUCUUCUAUAUAUUUCACACGAGAUAGCACGCUUAACAAGUGAGUAAUAUUCUAUACUUCGAUAGUAACUUAAAAACAUAAGAGUAAAAGAAAGUGCGUCAAGGAAGUAUAUGUAAAAUAAAAGCAGUUUAAUUUAUAUAAUUCAAACGGUUGAGAUUGACAUUAAGAAAGAGUUGUGGUGUGUGUAUACUUGUGCAGUUGCCUUUACCUGUGAUAUAUUCCUCUGCCUAAGAAAGAUAAUGAAAGUUGCCGAGACGCUAUCCAUUUUCGCCUGCAUCUUCCUGGUCACGUGGUCUGCGGGAGACGGCGCUCCCCAGUGGCGCCCGCAGGGACGCUUUGGAAAGCGCUUCAGCGGCCCGAGCAACAUAAUAUCUGCCUUACAGUCCGGCACUCUGUCUUCGGUCCCCAACAGCAAUGACCAACUGCAAGCACUGUUCAUGGACGAGUCCGAUCAGGACACGGAGGACACGCCUACCCUCGAAGACUUCAUAAACGUCAACGGAAAGUCCGACAUAUCAUCAAUGACGUCAUCGCGGUGGCCAUUUGCAAGCGGACGAGUAUGCAUAGAAACGGUUAUAACCGGAGUAUUCCGAUGUCAACGACGCGGACGUACGGACAGUACAGUUGUCACCCUGGCGGACCAAUGACAUCGCCUUUCCAUGCCGUUAUUAUUGAUUCAACACAGCAUCAAACCUGCUUUUUUUGACAGCAAUUAUCAAAAUAACAUACGCUCAGAUUUGUUGUACAUGUAAAUUUGUGUCGGGUGGGUUUUAAGUCUAUUUUUUUCUUAGCUUUCCAAAAAGGUCAAUCAGGACUAUCAAUACAACCAUGACUCUAUGUAUACAUGUUCGUACCGGUAAAUGCCAUCACGCUUGUUACAGGUCAAAUAAAUACGCGGCAAGAUGGAUAAUAUAUGAUUUAUUACACAUUCUUAUGUCUUAAUGUUAAAAGAACUUAAUUUCAUUUGGAAUUAAAAAAAAUAUUAGUCUCGGAGAAAGCGAAGAUGAUAUAUAAAAAACCUCUCAAAGUAUUUCGCUCAAUAAAUAAGAACAUUCUUGCGACGCUUAUCUUAUAGUAUUUCAAUGGUACAUAAAUGUUAACAUGUUUAAAUAGCCGGAAGGGCAAAGGUAUAUGUUUAACCAUCGUUUAAUUGUUUUACACACGUGAUUACAUGACAAUAACAAUGAUCAUGCUUUUGAGAAAUUAACAAAGGAAUCGAGCGUUUUGAUAAAUCAAAGAGUUAUGUUCUAUUUUAUCUACAAUGAAUGAAAAGAUUAAAAUCUAUAAAGUCUG